CGGAUCAGCCUAAUCCAUUCCACCAUGUUUGUUUCUUUCAUCCUACUAUGUCUCUGUGUUUUCAUCUUUGUCCUCUGUCUCAAAUGUCAAAGACCAGAGAACUUUCCUCCAGGACCUCCUCCACUGCCAUUCCUGGGGAACCUGUUGGACCUCAGCCUGGACAACCCCAUAAAGGACUUUGAGAGGCUGAGGAAGUGCUAUGGAAACAUCUACACUCUGUUCAUUGGGCCCAAACCAGCCAUAGUCAUCAAUGGGGUGCAGGCCAUGAAGGAGGCUAUGAUCACCAAGGCUGUUGAUUUUGCUGGACGACCCCAAGACAUCUUUGUCACUCACCUCACUCAGAACGGAGUGGUUCUGGCAGACUACGGCUCUAGUUGGAAGGAGCACCGUCGCUUCGCUUUGAUGACCAUGAGGAAUUUUGGUCUGGGAAAACAUUCCAUGGAGCAGAGGAUUCUGGGAGAGUUAAACUAUACAAUAGAAACACUGGAAAAGAGCAUUGGUAAAACUUUGAGCCCUCAAGUUAUGUUUCAUAAUGCGGCCUCUAACAUCAUCUGCCAAAUUCUGUUUGGUACACGUUAUGACUAUGAUGAUGACUUCAUCAAAGUAGUUGUUCAGUGCUUCAAGGAAAACUCCAAGAUAGCUAAUGGACCCUGGGCUAUGCUGUAUGACUCCAUUCCUAUGAUUCGAAACCUGCCGCUGCCCUUCAUGAAGGCCUUUAAGAACAUUAAGACUUGUAACAAAUUUGCAAGUCGUCUGAUCGCUGAGCACAAGGAGACCAGAGUCCCUGGGCAACCACAAGACUUUCUAGACUGCUACCUGGAUGAACUGGAAAAGAGAGCAUAUGAUGGCUCUUCUUUUUCAGAAGAUCGACUCAUCAUGUUCGUGUUAGAUCUUCACUUUGCUGGGACUGACACUACCUCCAACACCCUGCUAACUGGUUUCCUCUACCUCAUGACCCACCCACAUAUACAAGAGAAAUGUCAGCAGGAAAUAGACCAGGUGUUGGAAGAGAAGGAUCAUGCCAGUUAUGAUGACAGACACAGUAUGCCUUACAUGCAGGCUGUGAUCCAUGAAGUCCAGAGGAUAGCCAACACUGUUCCUCUCAGCAUUUACCACUCUACAACUAAAGACACAGAGCUCAUGGGAUAUUCUCUACCAAAGGGAACGCUGAUCAUCCAAAACCUGAAUUCAGUGCUGAAUGAGGAGGGACAGUGGAAAUCCCCUCAUGAAUUCAACCCAGAAAACUUCCUGAAUGAGCAGGGAGAGUUUGUUAAGCCGGAGGCCUUCAUGCCUUUUUCUGCAGGUCCCCGCAUGUGUCUGGGAGAGGGUCUGGCCCGUAUGGAGCUCUUCCUCAUCAUGGUGACUCUGCUGAGGAAGUUCCAGUUCAUCUGGCCCGAGGACGCAGGACAGCCAGACUACACUCCAGUCUAUGGGGUGACUCUGUCUCCCAAACCUUACCGCUUGAAGGUCCAACCCAGGCCUGCACAGUAG